AUGAAGUCCGCAAUCAUUGCCGUCGCCGCGUUCGCUUUCUCUGCCGUUGCGCAGCAGGACCUGCCAGCUUGCGGUCAAACUUGCGUUAGCAACAUGCUUGCCCUUGCACCAUCUCUUGGCUGCGAAUCUACUGAUGCCGCCUGCCUUUGCAAGAACAACAACUUUGCCUACGGCAUUCGUGACUGCUCUAAUGCUCUCUGCGGCGAAGAGGCUGCUAAACCGGUCAUUGCCUAUGGCAACAGCUUCUGCGCUUCGGCCGGUAAUGGUGCUGCCACUAACUCCGGUGGUGCUGGUGCUACUAACUCUGGUGGUGCUGGAACUGGUGCCUCGGCCACUGGAACUGGAGCUGCCGGAACCCAAACUGGGGCUGCCGGAAGCGGCUCUGCCACUGCCACUGGAACUGGAACUGGUGCUGCUCCAACUGGUGGUGUAGGUGGUGCAGGCGGUUCAGGUUCCUCAGCCAUUACCACCUCUGCUAUCGUUACGGUCGUCGGGAGCGGCGAUUCUGCCCAGACAUCAACUGUUGGUUCAACCACCAUCUAUGGUAGUGGUGCAGGUGGUGCAGGCGGUUCAGGUUCCUCAGCCAUUACCACCUCCGCAAUCGUUACCGUCGUCUCCAACGGCUCAACUCUUGAGACCUCAACUAUCGGCUCUACCACAAUCUUUGGCAGUGGUGCAGGUGGUGCAGGUGGUUCAGGUUCCAGCGGGGCAUCCGCCACAGGUACCGGCGCUUCAGGCUCCCAUACCACAGGCGGCGCUGGCAGCUCCGGCACUGGCAGCUCCAACCCUUCGGGCACUAACGGUGGCGCCGCUGGUGCUUCAUCCACCUCAAAAGCCGGUGCUGCACAACAGACUGCAUUCUCCGGAGUGAUGGCUGCUGCUGGUCUCGCUGCUCUGCUCUUGUAA